UGUUGGAUGUACGCAUCUUUGCUGCUGCAGCCGCCGGAGUUUCCGAAUGAAAGUUGAGCUUUUAUCCGCCAACAGACACACGGGAAUUGCUUAAUUUCUUCCUCAACACAAACACGGAUAAGUUCAGUUUCCUUGUGAAGCAGGAGCACUUCUGGAAACCCCCCAGCUGGUCCUCCUCCUGCAGCAGAGGAGAUGAUCCGGUUGCAGGCCACAGCAACCGGAGCACCGCGCAUGGAUUUUGUGUAAUUACUGUUUGGUGAAUCCGUCCGGGGAUCAGUGCAUCUCUUCGGGGGUUAACGUGAAGACAUUAGGAGCCAUGAACAGCCACCCUCCGGCCCGCAGGGCUGCGAACAUCGGCUCCAUCCUCCUGACCCCGCAGGAGAACGAGUGCCUGUUCGGCUACCUGGGCAGGAAAUGCGCCUCUCUGUGUUCGUCGGUGGUUCAGGUUUACGGUGCAGACCGGAGCUGCUGCUGGGUGAAGAAAUGCUGCGGAGUCGCCUGUCUGGUGAAAGACAACCCGCAGAGAUCCUACUACAUCCGAGUGUUCGACAUCAAGGAAGGGAAAACGAUGUUCGAGCAGGAGCUGUACCACAACUUCUCCAUCAGCAGCUCCAGAUCCUACUUCAUCUCGUUCACAGGAGACAACUGUCAGAUCGGUCUGAACUUCGCCAGUGAAGAAGAGGCCAAAAGAUUCAGAGCGGCCAUCAACGACCUGCUGAACCGACGGCAGCGCAAAACCGAGAAGAGAGGUGACCCUAAAAAUGGUCCAGCGCUGCACAUUGCCACUGUGGACAUCAAGAACCCGGAGAUCAACAACAGCCGCUUCCACAACUCUCACAGCCAGCAGCAGCCGUACCACCUGAACAACAUGCUCCACCGGAAGGACAAGAAGGCCAAAGCCAGCAAGAAGAAGAAGCUGACCAAGGCGGACAUCGGCACGCCGAGCAACUUCCAGCACAUCGGUCACGUGGGCUGGGAUCCAAACACGGGAUUUGAUCUGAACAACCUGGACCCGGAGCUGAAGAACCUGUUCGACAUGUGCGGCAUCUCCGAGGCUCAGCUGAAGGACAGAGAGACGUCCAAGGUCAUCUACGACUUCAUCGAGAAGAAGGGAGGAGUGGAGGCCGUGAAGAACGAGCUGAGGAGGCAGGCUCCCCCUCCCCCUCCCUCUCGUGGCGGCGGCCCCCCUCCUCCUCCUCCUCCUCCUCAUCAUCACAACUCCUCGGCUCCUCCCCCUCCCCCUCCCCCCCCGUCCAGAGGGGGUCGUGGUGCCCCUCCUCCUCCCCCUCCGUCCAGAGCCCCGGCCUCAGCUCCUCCCCCUCCGCCUCCCACCAGACCGGGAACUCUUGGAGCUCCGCCUCCUCCUCCUCCCCCCAAUAGAGGAGGUCAUCAUCAACCCCCUCCUCCUCCCCAUCAUCACCACCAUCAACAACAACAACAACCUCCUCCUCCUCCCCCACCUUCCUCUCACUCCUCUUCCUCCCCACAAGCCCCGCCCCUUCCUCCUCCCCCAAUGUCCCAGCAGUCUCCAGUUGGAGGUGGAAAUGGCGGUUUUUCUCCAUCACAACCUCCCCCUCCUCCUCCUCCUCCACCUCCACCUCCAGGCCCUCCUCCCCCUCCAGAGUUGGACGGAGGUGUUUCGGGAGGAGGAGGAGACUCCCCUAAAUCCCCCGGAGAGAAGACGGCGCUUUUGGACCAGAUCCGAGGAGGAACGCAGCUGAAGAAGGUGGAGCAGAACAACCGAGCGCCGGCAACGGGAGUGGGGAGGGAUGCCCUGCUGGACCAGAUCCGACAGGGGUUGAAGCUCAAGAACGUUCCCGAUCAGCCCGAGUCCGGCCCUCUGUCAGCGGCUCCCAGCGCCGGCAUCGUGGGUGCUCUGAUGGAGGUGAUGCAGAAGAGGAGCAAAGCCAUCCAUUCCUCAGACGAAGACGAGGAUGACGACGAAGACGAGGACUUCGAAGACGACGACGAGUGGGACGACUAGUGAAGAAAUCUGUCCUCUGCACCGACCGCUGACACUAAAAUAUCUUCUAAAAAACCCUUCCAGCAUCAGACUAAAACUGUAAUGUAAAUGUUGUAAGAAUUGGCUGUAUAUUUAUUAUUUUGCCUUUUUUGCUCUUUUUUUAACGAUUAUAAGAAUGAAUCUGUGCAAUACCUCAUCUGUUAGAUCUGUCUCACAUUCCCAUCGUUAAAGACUCCUUAGAAAGCACUAAACGCCGCCAUCAGCACAUUUCAUGAUCGACGCUAUAAACCCGCUGCUCCCUGACAGCAGUCUGAACCGAGGCUUCAUCGCUCCUUGGGAAAUAUUGUUUUUCUUGUUUCCAUUCCUCUUCUGAGAAACUGAAAAGGAGACGAGCAAACAGGCAGGAUCCUCUUUGUGUUAAAAUGCGAGAUAACACUAUUUUCUUACCGUGCUUCUUCUGUCGCGUCUCCUAAUGAAGUUUAGUUUAGUCGUGUUCUUUUUUUCAUGAAUCCUUUUUUGACCAAAAUGGCUCAGUCGCCUCACGUGUUUUUUUGUUAUGAAGUCAAAGCCGUUUAUUUGCACACAGUUUAUAUGAUAGCUCAGUUUUGUGUUUUUUUUCUUCAAGUGUGUGUUUGUUGAGUUUAUUUGUAUUUAGUUUCAAGCAGGUUACAGUGAAGAUGGACAUUUUUUAAAAAGGUUUUGCGAUAUCGUGUUUAAAUGGGACUACAAACAUUUUCUUUGGCUUGAUACAAAAACAUGUCUAUACACACACACACACACACACACACACACACUCAUUUGUGAAAUGAUGGAAGUUUUGUUCUUAUGGUCUGGUUGGUUGUUUUUGUUGUGGCAUCUUUCCGUUAUUUCCUGCAGGAGGAAACAUCUCCAACGCUCUGGUCCCUAUUUCAAAUAUCACGUCAUGCAGAGAAAAAAAAAGAUGGAUAUAAUUCAUCCUCUUCCCUCCAGUUAACAAACUAUCAUUUUAUGCAAUGCGACUGUACAUGCCUCCUCAUGGAGAAUCAUUUAAAAAAAAAAAAAAAAGCAAAUAAUAAAUAAACCAAAUGUGGCAUUUGCAAGCAGCUUGUGGUUCGGCGAUGCCUGAGAUCCUCCGUGUGUAAACGGAAAAAAGAAAUAGCCGACGCUCGUUUUAACUGUUCGAGUUUUUACCGUCCUCCAGCGAGGCUGAAAGCUGCAUCGAAAGCCGAGAUACUGACAGUGAGCCUGUGAAAAGGGUUGGG